ACCCGUAAGAGCUGGAAGAAGAUGUGCCUCUCUGUCUUGUUGGUUUCUGCCUUGCUGUUUUGCAGCUGCCAUGAACUGUGGCCCCGUCAUAUCACUCUGCCUUGAAGCCAACUGAGUACAGACUGAAACCUCCAAAAACUCAUUUACCAUACACCCACACCAAACCAGAGGCUGUCACCAUGACGAGAGACCAAAAUGGAACCUGGGAGAUGGAGAGUAAUGACAACUUCGAAGGCUACAUGAAGGCCCUGGAUAUUGAUUUUGCCACCCGCAAGAUCGCAGUACAUCUGAAGCAGACAAAGAUCAUUGAUCAAGAUGGUGAUAACUUCAAGACCAAAACCCAAAGCACAUUCAGAAACUAUGAUGUGGAUUUCGCGAUCGGAGUGGAGUUUGAUGAGUACACAAAGGGCCUUGACAACCGGCAAGUUAAGGCACUGGUCACCUGGGAAGGCGAUGCCCUUGUGUGUGUGCAGAAGGGAGAGAAGCAGAACCGCGGCUGGAAGCAGUGGGUGGAGGGUGACAAGCUGUAUUUGGAGCUGACCUGUGGUGACCAGGUGUGCCGUCAAGUGUUCAAAAAGAAGUGACGCCAGCGGGGGGUCCUGCAGAGGUUGCAGAAUUCUCUACCAACCUCCGGAAUUGACGGGGUUUUCGCCCUUUUUGGAAACCCCAUUAAGGUGCCUGGAUGGGUUUUAAACUAAAUGAGUGUGUAAUAGUGACAGUACAGUCUUUCCUCUUUAAAACCUGGCAUUAAAAGGAAAAACAAAAUCA